AUGGGAGAUAGCGUCCCGUUUUUGGUGACAUUGACGAAUAAUGGAGGUUAUGGGUUCUCGUUGAGGGGCGGACAAUAUAUUUCAAACGUCAAAAAUGGCAGCCCAGCCCAUCAAGCGGGAAUAACAACAAAUCAUAAGCUUAUUGAAGUCAACCGGAUAUCAACAGAGACUUUGACCCAUGGAGAGAUCGUCGAACUCAUCAGAGAGUCGCCGGAAUCUCUUGAGUUAUUGCUCAUCGGAAGCUCAGCCAGCGCUCCAACUGUUUCAGAUAUAUACGAAGACCCUCUUCCACGAUUCGUCACGAUUCCCACUUCUUCUUCUCAAGGAUUUUCUCUCGUCAACCAUCCUGCUGGUCAUUUCGUUUCAAGACUGACUCCUGGUGGACUCGCGGAGCAAGCCGGCUUGAGAAUCAACGAUAGAAUAAUUGAAAUCAACAAGGAAAAUGUCGAAACUACUCCGCAUCAAGAAGUCGUUGAUAUCAUCCGGCUUUGCGGAGAAGAAGAAAUAUCGUUGCUCGUGGUUGAUCGGACUUAUGACUCAUUUUGGGACGAGUAUGAGAAGACGAAGACGGUUCAGUUGCUCAAGAAUCCGGAUGGAAUGGGCUUUGCAAUAAAAUUUCUCGGCGAAAUAAUGUAA